AUGACAAUUAUAUGCUUUGGCAAUAUUUGUUGGCCUCAUAUCUUGAAGGACAGUAUUGAUAACUCCAUUCCUUGUCCACCAAAGUUUAUAUCUUCUGCCACCAUGUCUUCCACCACACCCACUGACUCACCUAAUUUAGUUCCUAAUCCCGAUUACGAAGUCUGGCUUGUUACCCUCAAGAAGGGUGCUUUAUCUGUAGUUGAUUAUUUUCAAAAAGCUCAGAACUUGGCGCAUACCUUAGUUGCCACUGAUGAGCCUCUAAAGGAGUUUGAAACUAUCUCCUACAUCUUAGCUGGAUUGAGCACGGAUUAUGAUCCUUUGGUGACUUUGAUUACCACUCGUGUUGACCUUAUCUCCAUGGAAGACCUCUAUGGGCAUUUGCUGACCCAUGAGCAGAGAAUUGAAAUUCACAAUUCUGCUCUAGUUCUCUCUUCUUCAAGUGUCAAUGUGGCUCAGCGUCACAUCUACUCCUCCAGUAACAAUACCCGUGGUUCACACAGUUCCCGUGAGACCUCUUAUGCGGGUCGUGGCCGUGGACAUGGCAAAGGACGUUCUCCUUCCCACAAUCAUUUCUCAAAUUCUCUACGCAACGGAGAACGUGUAUUGGAUACCUUUAGGAGUUCAUUGUCUCCGCUUACUGUUGAGGCCUUGAUUUGCACACAAGAUUGGUUAAAGAACCGCCCAAUGAUCUAUGAGGAAGUGUUUCAGGACUUUAUGGAAAGCUAUGAUGAACCUGGUUGGUACAUAAAGCAAGUUGAUGAGAGUAAUGCUUUCCUCCAUGGUCAUCUGCAAGAGACAGUCUACAUGUCUCAACCUCCUGGCUUUGUUAAUCCCAUGUAUCAUGAUGCGGUGUACCUUCUCAAGAAGGCCUUGUAUGUCUCUAUUUUAGCUUUGGUGUACGUGGAUGACUUAAUACUCACUGGGUCCAAUUUGGGUGCUAUUAAUGACCUCAUUCAUACUUUCUCUUGUCAUUUUCCCAUGAAGGAUUUAGGAGAACUUAAUUUUUUUCUUGGCAUCUCAAUUGCCCGUGUUACAGAUGGACUCCAUUUGUCCCAAUCACGGUAUAUAUCUGAUCUAUUAGCUCACACAAACAUGCCAAACGCCAAGCCUAUUACUUCUCCCAUGGCGGCCACCACGUCUCUCAGUCAAUUUUCAGGCUUUACCUUCCGUGAUGUUACACUUUAUCGUAGUACUGUGGGAGCGUUACAAUAUCUCUCUCUCACGUGCCCCGAAAUUGCUUUUGUUGUCAAUAAAGUUUCUCAAUUUAUGCAUGCUCCACGUGAUACUCAUUGGUUUGCUGUCAAACGAAUUUUGAGGUUCUUAAAAUCCACCAUUGAUCACGGGUUACUAAUCAAGAAGUGUUCAUCCACUCAACUAUUUGCUUAUUCUGAUGCGGAUUGGGCCGGAUGUCCUAAUGAUCACAAAUUCACAUCUGGCUAUUGUGUUUUUAUGGGUUCCAAUCUUCUAUCAUGA